AUGCCUUCCCAAUCUUACAUUUCCUUCACACCCACCACUCAACGUCUCACCAUUCGGAUCGCUUUAUCAUUCUUAGCUCUUCUAGUCCUUCGUGCCAUUUUCUUACCAUCUUCCUCUCCAGCAGAAGAGAUUCAAUCUCACGGAGUACUCGAACGUGUUUUAUUAGCCGAUAAAUACCUAGACGUAUCAAAAUAUCCAUUCCUUCAAUCACGUAUAGGUCGUGAUGAUCGUUGGGAUCUUUUCGAUUUAGAAGUAGGUGAUGGUAUAGUUGAUUUUUGGGCAAGAUUUCAAAAACCAUUCAUAACUGGUAAAGAUACAGCACAUCUCGAUACUCAAGUAAUGCGUACAGUAAUCGAUAAUUUACUUCAGUUCAACGGUUGGGUAGCUGCUGCUUGUCCUACUUUAAUAAGACCAUUUGGACAAAAUAAUAGAGAAGAUCAUUAUGAAGAUUUAGCAUUAAAAGAUAAUUUAUAUUAUAUCGCUAUAGUAGUACAUUCCGCCGACCAUUUUUUGAUUGAUCAAUUAGCUAUCAUCGUUCAAUUAGCUAGAAGAUUGGGAACAAGAAAUAUUUUCGUUUCAAUGUUAGAUAUGGCUUCAAGUGAUUCGACUCCAACUUUAUCAGAUUUAGCUGAAUCUGUUAUGACUAUUUUAGGUAUAGCUUUUAGGAUUAGAAGAGUUCCACCAAUGACAGCGGACCCUUCUGCUACUUAUUAUCCUUUGGAAGAGGCUGAAUCUAGAAAUUUAGCUUUGGAACCUUUACAUGAAUUAUGGAAUAGGAGAAGUAUAAAGUUUCAUAGAGUCGUUUGGUUGAAAGGUUUCACUUGUCCUAAUGAUGUUUUGGAAACUUUAAGAGUUAGUGAGGUUAAUAAUGCUGCUAUGGUUUGUGGAAUGGAUUGGGCGGAACAUAAUGGUUUUUUCAUUUUUUCAGAUCGAUGGCGUACUCGUGACAUUGAAGGAAAUCUCUUCCGUCAAGCAAAAUCCAACUCUAAACCCGAAGCUGGACCACCUAGAGAUCGAAUCGGUACCGAACGUUACGCCGGACAUCUUCCUUUUCAAGUUUACUGUUGUGAAUCCGGUACACACGUUGUCGAUCCUGAACAAUCUUAUUACCGUGAUAUUCAUUAUCGUUCUUCAAACUUAUGGCAUAACCUUUCAACCACUCAAGAACCACCCAAUUGGGACGCUGAUACACAAUGUAUGGAUAGUACACAAAUGUGGUUUUGUCGAGAUUUAUGGACCGACGCGGCUAAAGAUGGUUUAAAAGCAGGUAGUAAAGACUCGCAUUCAUUUGAAAAAGAAUCAAACUUUGUGAAAAAAUCACAUCGUAAAAAUAAAAUGGAAAAAAGAGAAGGGAAUGAAAUUAAACAAAGAGAAGAUCAACAACAAGAUGGUGGAGUUAAUGAUGAAGCAGGAACGGAUGUUGAUGCCAUUGAUGAAGAUUUAAAUAAUCCAGCUCUUGAACCAUUAAAACCACAAGAUUUACCAGCAUCAGCUUUUUUGAUACCAAAUUCCGCUUUCACACCAGCAAGGAUAGUGGUGAAUCCUAGAUGCGUGACGACUUAUGGUGGUGUCAGUCAUACUCAAUUAGCAUUAGAUUUAUUCGGUGGUGAAAGGGAUGAAAUCGAACAUAGUGGUGGUAAUUAUAUUUUAGAUGAUUGGGCAGGUCCACCUGAUAGUUUUGUUUGUCAAGAAAUGAAAACUACCGGAGGAAGGACGGCACCAAAAUCUCAAAGAAGAGUUGGGUUUUUAUUACAGAAUGAGGUUAGUGAUUUCUUGUAUCACUUUUAUGAAUCACUUCAUUCUCACUUCUCAUUUCUCAUCAUAUCUUCCAUUCGUGUUUCUCACUUUCCCCCUAAAUGA